AAAAAAAAGAACCUCCCUCCUAUAAAGAAGCCUCUUGUGUAUGAAGACUCAUGUUCAUGUCACUAUUUGAGAGCUCCAUACGAGACAAAAAACCAGCAGGAGGAGAGAGAGAGCCAUGGGAAGGCCUCCUUGCUGCGAUAAAGUAGGUAUCAAGAAAGGUCCAUGGACCCCUGAAGAAGAUAUCAUCCUAGUCUCCUACAUUCAAGAACAUGGUCCUGGAAACUGGAGAUCGGUUCCUACGAAUACCGGGUUGUUAAGGUGCAGCAAAAGUUGUAGGCUUAGAUGGACUAAUUACCUCAGGCCAGGAAUCAAAAGAGGCAACUUCACCCCACAUGAAGAAGGAAUGAUAAUCCAUCUUCAAGCUUUACUGGGUAACAAAUGGGCAGCCAUAGCAUCUUAUCUCCCACAAAGAACAGAUAAUGAUAUAAAGAACUACUGGAACACCCACUUGAAAAAGAAAAUCAACAAAUUUCACUCAGCAUUGGAUCCCCAAAUGGCAUCAGAUUCAAAAUCAUGUCAGUUUGUAUCCAAGAGUUUCAGUGACCGGGACAUCGAUAUUCCCGGGCAUGCCUCAAGUCCGAGGUUCAAUCAGAACUCUUCUAUGUAUGCCUCAAGCACAGAGAAUAUUUCAAGACUGCUAGAAGGAUGGAUGAGAUCUUCCCCAAAAACUACGCAAAGUGAACCACAAGAAAAAUUGCAUCAGCAUGUCUUUGCAAAUUCUGCAGCAGCAACUUCUCUUCAUUGUUACCGACCCGAGGUUGAGCAAGAAGAAGGAGAUUUGAUCUCUAAUGAAGAGUUUGAAUCUAUUUUAUCAUUUGAUAACUUGACUAGCAUUACAUGGGAAAAGUCUUCAUGUGAUUCUACUCAAAAAGGGUCUCAAGCUGCUGCCACAUAUGAUGAUAUUCAUGGGAAGGCCCAUCUUGUGCAGGAGAGGAAGCAAAGGACAGAGAAAAAUCCUCCAUUGAUGUUUUUUGAGAAGUGGCUUUUGGAUGAAUCGGCUGGUCAAGUGGAAGAGAUGAUGGAACUGCCUCCGAUGUUCUGAGAAAAGCUCCCUCUUUUCUUUUUUGCAAGUUUGACCUACAAAUUCAGCAUGAAAAAUAAAAGUAGUAAAACUUAAGUUGUUUGAUUGUCUUAGGGUUAGUCUUUUGUUGGGGUUCUAAAAAGUUGGAAUCUCUUCCCAAAACGUUGACUGAACAUCUCUGAAUGAAGUAGCUUAAAUAUUCUUAUGUGUUGUCUUGCUUCAAGCUUGAUACAUGUAAAGUAAUUUAUUUUAUUUUAGUGGCU